AAAAGUGGAUAGUUUGUCUGGAAUUUUAUGGGAUUGGGUCCCAUCGAUGUUUGUUUCCCGUCGGCCCGUUAUGUGGUUACGCUUCACAUUCCACACAGCGACUGUGGGGGUCAUCGUCUGCCUCGAAGGGGCAAUUUUUUGAUUUUUAUCGAAGAAUUUGCACAGACGCCAUUAUUAUAUGAUUCCCGCUUCAGACUAUUGAUGAGGUAACCUGAACCUGGACGGCUGUUUAUCAACUUUACUCUGAAUAGUUGCACAACAGAACGGGGUUGUGGGACACUGGCAGUAAGUCUGCCCUUUCUGUGUAAGAAAUUCACCACCAGCCACACACAAUGGAAGUGGAAGAUCCCCUAUCGGCUAAGUUCAGGGCCCUGAUUGAAGGUCUCAUGGUGUCGACAACCUCAGAGAUAGUCAAAAUAUUUAGCAAAGUGCUGCUGGAGACCAGAGUGGAGAUCACCCGGAGCUGGAGGGAGAUCGACUUGUUGAAGAAGCAUUUGGAGGAAUGUGAGCAGCAAAAAACAGAGGCCAUCUUCAGGGCUCAGCGAAGUGACUUCAAAAGAGAAGAUGACGAGAUGGAAGUGUCAUGUGGGAAUUCUCAGCUUGGCGUACAGAGCGCAAACACUGUCAGGCCAGGGGAUGUGGGUCCUGAAGGAAGAGCAGAGAAUGUCUCUGUUGGGAACAGAGGUGUCAGUCUGGGCAAUGCUAAAGCCAGUGGACCAGAGACUGCACGGUCAAGCAAACCAGCUUCAUCGGGCCAUAAUGUUCAGAAAAGCUGCACACAGGUUGUGGUAAAACCAAAAAUAGUUUGUCCCACCAAGCUGUCACAAGGGAAAGGGCAGAAAGCAUCAUCAAGCAAGACCACAUCACAGCCCAUGUCUGAAAAAAUGAAAAAAAGAAAAUUAAUCAAAAAGCAGAAUCACACAAAUGAUAUUAGUGUUGCUCGUGGUCUUCGAGACCGACAGCACCUCAGCAUGCAGAGACAAUGUCUGUGUUGUUCAUCGGAUGAGUGCGAUAACCCCUCCAGAGCCCAGCAGCAGGUCCCUAGUGUGUAUAUCUGUCGUAAAUGUGAGAGAAGAUUUAAAACGGACCUCCUGUUCAAGAGUCACAAGUGCUCAAUGCCUCAGAAUUGCAACAGGUGUGGGCAGAUGUUCACUACUCUUCAGGGGCUGACCGCACACAGUCAGGAAGUUCAGCCUCAGUUCAGCUGCAGUCAGUGUGAGCAAAUGUUUGCCACUCAAUGUGCUUGGACCGUGCACAAGAGGAUCCACACCAACCUUAUUGUUCCCAAUGAAAUUAAGGCUAAGAGGUUCGAGGUUCGUCUCGAAAGAAUCUCAGACUCCCAGCUGGAGGCCGCUUUGUCCUCAAAUAGCUUUCCCUUGCGAAAUAACUCUUCAAAACAGAAUCCUUUGAGUGAACCGAAUCUGGCUUCAGCAGACACGACACCUGGAUCUGCAUGCAAACGCAGUGCCGAAUCCACAAUGGUGAACGUACCCGAGACCAGCAAGGCACAACUAUCACCCCAAAGUGUAGCAGAAAGCCCAGACUCAAGACCCGGAACCAUGUCGGAUUCCAGUGUUGGACAGUCAAGUGUCAGGAAAGUUUAUGCUGUCAUGUCAGCUGCCUCUUGCCAAAUUCAGAUUAGUGAAGAUGCAAAUAAAACAACUGCACAUGAAACUGAACAAGUAACAGAUGAUGGAAAGCAUCCCAGUGGAAGUGAUGAGUCCGGACUCUGUACUCCUCCAAGAAAGCGGAAAAUGGCAGAUUGUUCUCAUGACGCAUACAAUGGCGUGUUUCCUGUUGAAAAUAUACUAAGAUGGAGAAACAAUAAGGGAAGAAAUGAAGUUCGGGUCAAGUGGAUGCCUUGCACAUUAUGUGGGGCAAAGUUUCAGAACACGUGGGAACCAGCAGAAAGCUUUCCAGGCUAUUUGGAUGACAAGAAUGAAGAACCGAAGAAAAACUAAAGGGAUCAGAAAUGAUAUUAUAAUGUUCAGUAUGCUUUUAUGAAGUUCUCUGUUUACACUAUAAGAAUGUAUGCUUUACAAUGCAGUUAAUUUAAUGAGUGUUUUCUCACCAUGCCAUUUUUUUUCCAGUAAUAUACUGUGGUUGUAACCGGUUCCAUAUAGUUAGCCUAGAUACACAGAUGAGUAGUGAAGUUAAAUAGGUAACAUUACAUUUAAUACAUGGUCUUAAGUGCCUGAGAUCAAAAGCUUUGUUUUAUAACUUGUCAUAUUGUGUAAUAGUUUAGUUAUGUCUUUAGAUUGUUGAAUGUUACCUGUCUGCAAUCCUUGGUUAAGAUUGGUUGCUUUUGUUAGGUGUUGCACAGUGUUUUAGAUGUUUGUGGUGGGUCUUGUAUUGAUGGAUUCUUUUUAUACUCAGAGGUCUGAUUUUAUAAUGCUAUUAAUUGGCUAAAAUAGUUGUGAUGGAUGUCCUAAACACUACAUAUCAGCUUAUUAGUCCUAUCCAGUUCAUGAGGAUUGCCUCUGCUUGCUUUGGACUUAUAUUAUAAUGUGGCCGUUCAUUCGGUUGUUGCGGGCUGUUAAAAUAAUAAAGUGGUAGAUGUAUUGAAACACUCACUAAAUUGAAUAAACCAUUUUUAAACCUGCAA